AUGCAAUUCGCGGAGACUUUGCUAUCAUGUGAUGAUUCAGACUUUGAGCGCCUCCUUUACGACGAAGUUAGGACACAGGCGCUACGUAUAUGUGUUCCUCAAGGUUUGCAAACCUCUGAGACUUUGACAACUGAGCCGGUUGGGGACAGUGAAUUCGAAUCAAACAAAUCAGAAUAUUGUGCUUUAGAGAGAAAACUAUUCCGUAGUUUCGAAAAAUUCAUAGCUGGUCAGGAAGUCACAGAAAAUUCAGAAGAUUCUGCUGAGUGCUCAAAGCAACUGGAAUGUUACUUGCGAUCUUUGGCUCCUGGGGAACAAGGGAUAUGUGGUCGAAUAUUCCAAGCGAACGAACCAACAUAUUAUUGCAGGGAUUGUGCUGUGGACGCAACAUGUGUCCUAUGCCGAGGAUGCUUUUUCAAUAGUGGACAUAUUAAACAUAACUAUAAAAUUAGCACAUCGACUGGUGUUGGUUACUGUGAUUGUGGUGAUCCCGAAGCUUGGCGAUCAGAUGCUUGGUGCAAACUGCAUGCAAACCAGUCAGGAGAUGGAGAAAAUACUCAUAAUAAACUAACUACUAUUGAUGAUACCGAUGUCAAGCUAAAGGUUGAACUUGAUCAUCUUCGUCUCCGAAUAAACAGUAUCCCCCAAGACAUACGCAAUUUUUGUCUGACUGAUUUGAUUCAGGGUACAUCGCGUUUAUCAAAUGAUCGCCUGAGCAGUCGUCUGCGUAAAGGGAACACAGCAUCAGAACGCCCAUCAGAAGGAAGUGAUGCUGGGAGACAGGAUGUUGUUGAUGACUUAUGGUCUACAGAUGACGGUCAAAUUGAUUACACACAGGACGAUGAAGAUGUAUGGGAAAAUUGGCCUCCGCCUUUAUCGCAUAUCCCGCUUGUCUCUCCUACUGAAGAUGCUGUAUCAUUAGGGCAGGAUGCUUGGCCAAAAACUGCGCCCAGACGUCGUUCUGUAGUGAGUGUUCAAUCCCGUUGCUUUGCUCAGUUGGAACGAGCUAGAACGUACCAUCCUAGAUUAUUUCCUCCACGGACCGUGCGUCUAGCUUCCGGUCGAACUGCUGCCUCCCGAGCUUAUCUUGCUCUAUGUUACAAUAAUGAAUAUCAUAAUUACGAACAGGUUGUUAAGACGUUGAGACGUGUUUUGGACUGUACAUCUCAACAGGCUACACAUCAUGCAGUACUCAUUAAUUGUGAUGGUCGUUCAGUUCUUCAAAUGAAUGUUACCUCUUUGCAGGCUUCUAACCUUGCUUCAGUCCUGAUGCGUACCUCUACAAGUCUGUCUACACGUCCAUUGUAUUGUACAGCUCAACAUGCAGAUGUUUAUUCAAUGGAAUUAUUUUUCACCUUAUUUAUUCGAUGGCUUCGUCGAUUUUGUGAUAAUGUGCCGAGUUUAAGACCGGUUAUUUGUCAUGCAUUAUUAGGUCAUUUCCCUAAUGAUAAUGUUGAUAAAUUAAAUCAAUCCGAUGAAAUUUUGCCUAUAUUACCUCAUGGUGAAAUUGUCAAUGCUGAUUCAUUUUUAUGUUAUAUAUUGAAGCGUCAUAGCUUAACAUGGAGAUCUGUUCGGCAAGAAAUGUUACGUCUGAUUAUGAGUGUACUCUUGAAGGAUAAUUUCUAUCGAUGCGUAUUUGCAAUUGAAUUUACCAGAUCUUAUUCAUCAUUGAUUCAAAACCAUAUCUAUGACGAUCACUUGGAAACAGAUAGUUUGUGCGGUCUUAGUUGUCAAUUCUACACAGUUAUCAGUUUGGCACGUCAGUUAUUGGAGAACAACAGUAUACUUACUCGUUUACUUUCGCGACUGACAGCUGCAUUUGAGGCUAAUUCAAUAGCACUACCCAAUUUCUAUUCACAAAUAACUAAUCAAAAUGUGCCAGCAGAUAUUCAAGAAGAGUUAACUGUUGGUAACCUAACUACUGAUACAAAUGUUUCAUGGAUCGGUGCUGUUCUCGAUUUAUUAAGACGAUUAAAUCCAUUUGAAUGGGGUUCAUCAACUGCUAAUUGUGUUCUCCCGGAACCACGCGUUCUAUCAUGGCAAGCUGGUAAUACACUUGCUCGUUCAUGGUUUCAUCCAUUUGAACGGUUAUUCUGUGUUAUUCGUGAUAUUGAUUAUAUUCUCGCUAGCCUGACUAAUGCUCGACCGUUAGCCAAUAGUAUGGACAGAGUUUCUUUGUCGACUGAUGAUGAUAGUAGUUGGUGGACAGAAGCUGCACGAUCAUCUUACAUUGAAUAUAUACGACAACUUCUACAUUUACUUAGUUUUGUACAAGAUAUGAAUGGUAUGCAACGUGAAACACAGAAUCAUGUUGAAGAAGAAUUGGAAUGGGCUAGUGGAUUUUAUAUUAUGAGUUUGUUAAUCAAUCUACUUGGUUUAACAGUACAAGUGGCUAGUUCCGAUUAUAAACUCUAUCAACUUGUAUUACGUGAAGUUCGUCAGGUGUUUGAAACUCGUAUUGGCAUAAUGGAUCGUCGAUUUCGUAUCAAACCAUUAACUAUAGAUAUAAAAUUGUCAUUAUCGAAUGAAGAACAGCUCGAUCAUUUGAAAUCAGAUUCAAACAAUAAUGAUGAUAGUAAUAAUCAUACUAAAUUGAAUUUUCAUUCACUUGGUGUAACUACUGAAGUGUAUGUUUAUGAUGUAUCAGUGUAUCGAUUCAGUUUAUUACAACCAAUUCCACGUUUGUUAGCAAGCUUGUAUGGUCAUGGCUUAGAAAUGGGUUUUAAUUUUGACGAUUUGGGAUUGUUAGAUCAGGCAUUCGUUAAUUUGUUAAUAGAAAGGCCAUUACAAGUUUUUGCAUUCUGUGCUCAAUGUGACGCUAAAAUGUGGGUUCGUAAUGGAUAUGCUGUUCAACAGUCUAUGACAAAUAUUUUCAGUUCAUCGAUGCGUGUUGAACUGGUUGAUCGUGAUAUACAAUUGUUACAAAUUGCUAGUUGUGUUCUACCACCGGAUGAAUUUAUUAUUCGCUUAAUACAUAAAUUCCAUUUGGGCAAUUAUUUGAAAAGUGAAACGUGUAUGAAAGAACCAGGACCAGGUCGUGUGCAUGCAGUUGAAAUGUUACUACGUAUAUUACUUUCAUGUAUUACUAAUCGGUCUCGUCCUUCUAUCGGUUGCUUCACAAAGGAUUAUUAUGCACUCGAUAAUAAAGAUACUAGUAAUGGAUAUUCCAAUUAUCUUGAUAACAUACUCCUUGAUACUGACUCAGAAUUCUACUAUCCUAAUUUAAUCAAUGAUGUCAUUCAUACACUGUGUUUAAAAUCUUUAAGUUAUAGCGAAUUAUUAUCUGCUCUACCGUAUCAAAGUACAAAUAGUUUAUUGUUAAAUGUUACUAUUGAACAAUCGGAUAUAUCACACCUUCAUAAUAAUCAAUUUAAGGAGUCUAACAAAGAAAUAACCUUAGAUAAUAAAGUACAACCUGGAUCAUCAUGUUCAAUAGAUAUUGGUCCAAGACCUGUACCACCAGCCUCUGUAUCACGAAGUGCUAAUAAACGAGCUAUAGAUCAAGCACUACCUAAAAUAUUACGUAGAGUAGCAAUUCAAUCAUCUAUCAAUAAUCGUACUGUAUUUAAUCUACGACCAGAGUUUAUGGCUUAUCGUUUUAAUCGCUUUUAUUGGGGAUAUCGACAUCCGGAACAGACAACUGCUGAAGCAAAUGUGUCUAGGUGUUUAAAGAAAUGGAUACAAGAACAGAAUGAUCCAGAUUUGAAGAAUUUGCCUAUACCACCGCCUGCACCUCGUCCUUUACACAAAUUUGUACCAUCUGUGCUAUUGGAUAUUGGAUAUUUUCAUGGAACAGCAACCACCUGGUGGUCAUACAACCUACUUGAACUUCUGUUACAUCUAAUUACUGUUGCAUUAUAUGAAGAUGAAUUAGAAGGGAGUAAAACUGGUUCAUAUCCAUUUUUGGAAGCUGUCACUCAAGUACCAGAGAAAAGCGAAUCAGAUGCUGAAUUAAAAGAGCUUGCACGUUCUGGUCAUUGGUUGAAACCAGUAUCAAGUUGUAGGUUGGAGAUUUCUUCACGUUUAGAAGAUAAUUGUAUCACUUCUCGAUUACUUCGAAUAUUGAAUUCUACAUACCACGACGAUCAUUCUGACUUGAUAAGAUGGACAUUAAAUCAUUGGAAUAGAAUAGUUCAGAAUAUAACUGGAGAUCAGUCUUCUCGUAAAUCGUCUACAGAACCAACAAAGUUAUCGACCUCAUCAGUUAAACAAGAUCGUGCAGAGAUAGCACGAGCUCGGCGUGCUCGAAUGAUGGCACGUAUGAAAAAAAUGCAAAAUAACUUUACGGAUUCAUUAUCUCAGAAUGAAAAGGCAGCAUAUGAAGGUGAAUUGAUGGAUAUUGAUUCUCCUGCUUUGAAUGAAGGGGAUAGUCAGCAGACUAUGCAAACUGAUGCUGUAAUUCCAGCUAUAGUCCAGCAAUGUGCACUUGGGCCGACAAGAUCACUUGGCGCUGCUUCAUUUCUACUAAAAUCAUCAUCAUUAUCAACGUCAGGAGGAGGAGGAGCGAUUGCCUCAGCAGCAGAUACCGUAAUUGUACCAAAUCCUGAAUUGGUCACUUGUAAUUUAUGUCUGGAGGAAGUGACUGAACAAGCUGCUAGUCGUAUUGUAAUGGCUGCGCAUGUUUGUCGAUCAUCAGUAUUAUCUUCUCAAGGAAUUGGUUGGUUAGAAGGUCCAGCGACAAUGACUGUCAUUAAGCGUUUAUCACGUGAAAAUGAUAUGUGUUUGCCAACACAGUUGAAUAAUUCAUCAUUUCUAUCGACUGGGAGAAAUGAUGAUGCAGAGAAGGAUGGUUAUGCGAAUGAGCUUCUUCCUUAUCUAGCCUCUGCGGCAACCACGGUUGCAGCCACUUGUGCUGGUACAUCCCAUAUGGGACUUCGAUUGAUACCUAAUCUGAUUUCUGGGAUACGUUGUUUCGACUCGAAAAUGGACACCUCUUCACUGAAAGAUGUUUCUAUGACUGGUAUUAGUAGUAAUACUCUCUAUUCUGGACUAAUUGAUCAGCUACUGGAUAAUUAUCACCUUUUAGGUCAGCAAGAAACUGGAGAGUCUAUAGUAUUCGAUCGUUGGUAUCCUCGACCUUUAGUAUCUAGUCGUGAUCCAAUAGCUGAAGAAGGUUCAUUUUUCACAUUCUGUUGUCAUCCUAUGCAUGCUACUUGUAAGACAAAAUAUGCACGACAAUUGAAAGGUCGAGUGGAAGAUGUGAAUCGCAGUCGAAAUUCAUUCACACUAGCUUUUGACUUUCGUUGUCCAGUGUGCAAAUGUAUAUCGACAAUUGACUUACCGAUGUUAGGUCCAAUUUAUUCAAAUCUUCCUGUGGAAUGGUUACGUUUAAGAUUAUUAUUAUCUUCAAAUCAUCAGUUGAAUCAACAACCGUCUGUUGCUAAUAACAAUGCUAAUUUCCAACCAUUAAGUUCAUGGUUAUGCAGUCUCGCUCGUUGGUUAGAUAUGUUCUCCGAUUCGAAUGAUUUCAUAUUGGGUCCUUCAUUUCCUUUGAAAGAUGAUGACGGAGGUGGUGCCGCCACUUCGUAUGGAUCUGUUAGUGAUCGUUUGCAGAAAACGACUAGUGGACCACAUUCAUUGGAAGAUUACACCCUGUGGAAUUUCAGUAAUAUAGUCUCAUCGGAUAAUUCUUUAAACUGCUCAUCGUCUACAUCAUCACCAUCUCUUGAUAUCGGUUUAGAUAAUUGUCCACCGAGUGCAAAACUUUUAGCAUUCAGUGAAAAUUAUGAAGCAGUAUCAAAUUUGAUUAAUGCAGUAGUUAAACGAAUGAAGUAUAGUUUAAUUUUACAAGAUGAUGAUGAUGAUUUCAAUAAUAAAAAGGAUAAUACUAAUAAAAGUACUUCAAAGAAUACCAAUAAUUAUGGUACAAGUAGUAAUGGUAAUACCAAUAAUAAUCGCAACAGUCUGAAUCCAUUGAGUCGACAAUUUUGGACAUCUAGACGAUUUUCUAGACGUGCUUCAGAGAUUGACAAUGCUACUACAAGUUAUUCAGCUAACAAUAGUAAUUCAACAAUAAACGGAGGUUCUGGUUUAACAAGUUUUCUUCCAUCACAUUCUGCAUCAUUAUUUGUAGCUACUAAUCUGUUCACUUUUGUUCAACGAUUAGCAAGUUUAUGUCAACCUACCCCAUUGGAUUCACUUGUACAACGUCCAACUAGUCGACGUGCUGCCAACACUGUUGUAGAUUCGAUUCCUUAUAUACCCAAUGUUAUUAAUGAAGAAAACAAUGAUCAAGUUGUAGCAUAUAUUGUAGCGGAUACAGAUGUUCAAGUCAAUUCAUAUUCAUCUGAUGAUGACGAUGAUAAUACAACACCGCCUAAUCCAAAUGUUCACUUAUUGGUCACACAAUCAGAAUUCAGUACAUCAUCUACUACUGGAAGCUUAACUAGCAGUUACAGCGGUAAUCCUUCUAAUCUGACAUCGAAAACGACUACAACACCUAACAAAAAUACCGAACAAUCUAUAGGAAACUUAUUACAAACUAUACCGUAUAAUUCGUAUUCAAGUCUUUCUGAAACCAUUGAACACUUUCAUUUAGAUUUUAUGAGCUUUUAUGAACGCCUACGUACACUUGGCUCAUCAAUCCCGCAUACAACAGGUAUUGUAACACGUGCAACAACAGUCAACUCUCCAAUAUUAAGCUCUUCAAAAGUACUUCAAGUGUCUGAUCAUGUUACAAAAACCACUGAAGACUUCAAUCAUAAAAUAAUUGUUAAUUCGCAUAAUUUUGCUAAGAAUUAUUUAGAACGUGUUGCACAGCGUGCACGUAAUGUAAUAUGGUCAGCUGCAUGUGAAUGGAGAUCAUUACGACAUAGUGUAGCGUAUACACUAAUUGCUUCUGAACGUAGUUUAAGGUUACAUGGUUGUCAUGCGAAUUUCUUUAAUGGUGGUCUUGCAGAACGACGAAUUCACGGUCUUGAACAUUUGUUAAGUGUCUCCUUAACAGCACAUUCACGACAUGCUGUUGUUUCACGUGGUUGUCCAUUAUCAUGUGAUACAAGUGAUUCAAAGACAUUUGGACAUCGAUACUGUUGGCCUCAAUUAAAAAGUCAUCCUGUUUAUUGGUGGUGGUGGUCCUACUGUGUUCCCUUUGAUGCUGUGUCUAAGUCACAAUUAAAAGAUAUUUCUAAUGCUUGUCGUCUUAAUAAACCACCAACAUUGUUGAAUAUUGCUGUGACAGCUGUUAAUGUUGCAGCUACUGAAGAUGCUUGCUUCCUUUGGCGUUUAUUACUUCCACCAUUAGAGAAAUAUGCUAAAUCUGUGAAUGAUACUUCUUCAUCAGAGAAAUUAAAAUAUGAUACAUUUUCUUCAAUAUCACAUAUGCAUUCAUUGCAUUCAACGAAUAAUAAUGCUCAGUCUACAAGUCUUCUCUGGGAUGUGGAUAUCACAUUCCUGUUUAUCAGUUUAUUACAUUUACGUCCUGGUCUUGAAGAGUUUGGCUUAGAUAAUUGCCAGUGUACACGUUUAGCCAGUGAAGCUGAUGCAAAUGUCACAUCAGAAUCUGGUGCUGCUACAUUAGGAGCUCAUAUAUUAGCCUGUGAUGAAGGUAGGAUACGUCAGCCAAUUGGUGAUAGUCAUGAAACACAUCUACUACGCUUAUGUUAUACCGCUUUAUUAGUUCAAAGUCUUUUAGCUUGGAGUCCAAAUAUGAAUUGUUUAGAUUAUCUAAAACAACAUAAUCUUAUAUCAGAUUUAUGCACAUGGAAUGAUAUAUGUACAGAAUCAGAUAACUGGAAUAUACCUCAGUUGCUUGAUGUUUGGCGUUUACUGCGGGAUCUGUCUGGUCUUCCUGCACCAAAUUUAUCUACCAAUGGUAUUGAUGAUGAUCCAGCUUAUGUGACACAUUUAACACAGUCACUGGGUUUAUUUUUACGUGCCAAUUGUUUACCAUUUCUACGUGUUGCUGCUUUUAUCAUUCAUAAGAUCACAGGUGUUGAUGUUCCAGCUGAUCUUCGUCAACCUACUUCUUCGCAGGAUUCAAUAGAUAAUAUGAAUGAACAUAGUCUCCUUUUAACCUAUUUGGGUUUACCGCCUACACCGAGUGAUUUAUUAGUUCUCUUAUCAUCAUCAACAUCACUAUCAGUUGAAUUGAAUCCAUUGAACCCUGUAAAUCAAUCGAAUCAUCAACAGAUAAAUAUCUCUAUGCUGUCUGAAUCCUUAUGGUUAGCGCGUUUAAUAACUAGUUGGUGUUUAACUGGACGUUAUUCAUUAAGUCGUCAGUUAUAUCAAUCAUUAUGUCAUCGAUUUGUAAAAUCAACGAACUCACUUUCAUCUAUUGAUGAUAUAAUACCUUAUCCGAAUAAAAAUUUACCGAGAUUAAUUGAAUUACCAAACGAAUAUACUCAUCUGCUUUUACUAGCUAUGGAUAUGGACUGUCACGCCGAAGGUCGUACACAUAGUGAUUUAAGUUUAUGCCUUGUCUGUGGACAUUUGGCGUGUUUAUUCUGCUAUGGCUGUCGUCAAUUUGAAAAUAAUUCUAAUACAAAUCAGUCAGCAACGUUGUCACCAAUGCUUGCCAAUUACUCUAGUCUUAAUAAUAAUAAUAAUAAUAAUACUGCUGCUGGAAAUAUUAAUCAAGAAUUUGCUGUUUACCGUAUGCAAGCCCAUUCAAGACGUUGUCAUUCCGGCUAUUGUCUUUUACUACGUAUUCAUUCAUGUCGUGUAAUUCUGUUGUCAGAUCAAGCUCGACGUAUCACAGAGAUACCUGCACCUUACAGAGAUUCAUUCGGUGAAACUGAUCCAGAUUUACGGCGUGGAAAUCCUCUGUUCCUUGUGGAGUCUGAAUAUAAGCGUAUUAAUGAGUUGUGGAUUAAUCAUCAAUUGGCGUCAAGUACAGCAUCGGAAUUGGUUACACCAUCAAAUUUAUCAUUUAGUUUAUAA